AUGUGUGGUUGGCUUCAACUCGAGUUUCUUUGUGACCAUGGCAAGAUCAUACCUUUGGUCCUUUGCGGGCAGGCUCGGGAAAGCAACCUCGAUCCUUACCAAUGUGUCGGUAAGGAAAUUCUGCACACGUUUGUUGACGGAAGUGUGUUCUGUUGCAAAUUCUGCCCCACAACCGUUUCAUACGAAAAGCCUGAUCUAGCUAAAUAUUCUAGGUCGGAAUACUUCCAACGCAUGGAUAAUGGGCUACGGGCGAUUUGGCCGCGAAUCAUACAACAUGAACAGGUCACAGCUUUUAUAGCGACGCACAAAGGGAUCAUCGUCACCAGAGGAACGCCUAGGUAUAAACCUUUAAUGCCGAAUAUAAACUUGCAAGCAUUACACAUAGAGGACCCAGGGUUGAAUGCCCUUUUGCAACCGCAUGGUGAAGAGUUUAUCAAGUUCAGCUACAAUUGGACACUUGCGUGCUCUCCAGGGUGGCACGAAGCGUACUUGGCAGACAUCACGUGUCGGAUCAACCUGGUACUAAUUUGGGCCUGUUCUCGGCAAGUACCUACUCACGGGUUGAAGGAGUGGGCGAUUUCAGAGAAUGGAGCACUGCGCCUUUCAAUAAUCCAAGCCGCUAUCUUGAAGUCCCAGUCUUGGCAGGAAUUGGCGUAUCUGAUUAUGGCUAUGGAUGGUUUUCAUCGAUUAAUCCCAUCAGAGAGCUCUGUCCGUUCUGCCUCCUCUGGCUUCCUACCUAAUCUCUUCGACGAAUUACUUGCCUCUAACUCUGCGACUGCUGGAUCAAGAGGGAUUUUGAGGCGUGUGAAGGCUUCUAUGCAAAGAGCCAUGCCAGCGAAAGAAGAUGACCUGGUCGCGUCGAAUUUCAGGCAACUCGAAUUCCGCGUCCGAGUCGAGGAUUCAGACCACUACAUGGAUGAUUAUUUUAGAGUGAGGAUGAAUAAGGGGAAGGAGGAGCCGGGCCCAGAUCACGACGCAGCAUUGAAGCAUGUCCGAACUAGAAGUCGAGAUAACGAGGGCCUUCACUCAAAGUCGGCCUGUUGUUUUUGCUCUUUAGAAGGGGGAGGAGAUUAA